UCUGGCCAAAGACAAUUUUUGUAAUCUGGCAAAUUUUCUUUUUUGUUUAUAGGUUAUGUUUUAGUGAUAAUUGUCAAAAUUUAUGUUGAAUAUUUUGCUGUAAUUCGUUGAGAAAUUAAGUUAUGGACUGGAUAUAAGUUAUCGUAUAGUGAAUAAGAAAACCGAUCAAUAAUACCCUUCUAAUAUUUUGUAUUAAUGGCUGUGUAAUCUCAAGUGUUAUUUGACAUUGAAUUGAGAUGUGAACAGGAAAGUCAAUACGCACUUCUACAACGAUCUAUUAUCUACGGGAAGUAGAAAAUUACCACUGUACUCAGCUAAGUAGUUUGAAAACUCUCAUAAUCCACUAUUAGUAGUAGCUUCAUAACAGAUUAACAAGAUGACGAUGAGUCAGUUGUCCGUAUUAAAACUGUACAAUACUGUAGUGGACGAUGUUAUUGCGGGUGUCCGUGAUUGUUUUUUGGAUGAUGGUGUCGAUGAACAAGUAUUGCAGGAGUUAAAACAAUUAUGGAAAACAAAAUUACAGGCUAGUGGGGCAAUGGAUCCUCCAAUAUCUGAACCUGCUAUGCCACCACCUGUAUUACAAAAUUUCCAAAAAGCUAAUGGUAAUAAUGUAUUACCCAAAAGGUCAGCUGACGGCAUGAUGGCUCAGGGCUCUAGCCAACAAAACUCUGUGGUCGAACAUGGUGCACCUACAUCUAAUAUUGCUGGCACACAUCCACAUCAUGUUUUAGAUCCUAAUAAUAAAGUACCUGUUCAAUUGACCUUACCUGCUCAACCAGGAGUACCCGGAUCACAAGCACGGUCCUUCACUAUUCAAAUACCUGCAUCAGCUCUUAAUGGUAACAAGUUACAUCAAGUUCUUACUGGUCCUAUCAUAAAUGCUACAAUAAGUUUGCCACAGCCCCUUGCUGCCACUUUACUUCAACAGCACAUAAAUUCAGCAUUAGCAGGGCAACAGAAUGAAUUUGAUGGCGGUGGGGGAGGACGCAGUGGUGCUGCUCCAUUUUCUCUAGAUGGUGCUUUAGACUCAUCUGAUGAUGAGGGGUCGAACGUUGGGGAUGCAUCUGAUGACGGGGCCGGAGAUGAUGAUGAAGAUGAGGAAUCUGCAGAAGAACGUGCGGAAGAAGAAGAAGAAGAGCGUGAUGAAAGUGGUGGUGCUGAGGAGGAACCUCUUAAUUCUGGUGAUGAUGUGUCAGAUGAAGAGCCUGGUGAUAUGUUUGAUACAGAUAAUGUUGUUGUGUGUCAGUAUGACAAGAUUACACGUAGUCGCAACAAGUGGAAAUUUUACUUAAAAGAUGGCAUUAUGAAUCUAGCUGGUAAAGAUUAUGUCUUUCAAAAAGCAAAUGGUGAUGCAGAAUGGUGAAACAAUUGUAUAUAUAUAUAUAUAUAUAGACAAACAGUGUGUAUUUUUAUUAACAGUGUAACUUGUUAUACCCUAUGGCUGUUCACUAAGAAUGAAAAAAGGAUCCAAAAAGACAUUGGUUGAAAUAUUAUUUUAAAAUAAGGGUCAUCAUAGACUUUACCACAAUUAUCAAUUGGUUUUAUAAUAAAUUUAAACAUUAAUUAAUCAAUAAAAGUACUCCUGUAACUUAAUAUAUUAGUGAAUAUAUAGUUUUUUUCAAUAGAUGCUAAUGGAAUAGUUACCCUGUCUGCGCUAUCAGUAUACACUAACAGGAUACCACUGCGGGAUGAUAGAUGAUCAUGAAGCAGGUCAAUUAUAAAAUAACUAAAUAUAACAAUGUAAACAACAGUAAAUCAAUCACAAUGGUUUCCAGGAAGAACCAUGUGGAAGUCGACCUAAUAGAGGUAUAUUGCUAGUAAUGGAAUUGCUAAUCUCUAUUACUAACAAUCCUUUCCCCUCCCCCCAAUAUAUAGUUUUAUAAUAAUAUCAAUUAUAAUUAUUUUUAUUAUUUUGUUUUAGAAAUGAAAUAAUAUUACAAAGAGUUUUAAUAGGGAGGGAAAGGGAUUGUUAGUAAUGGAGACUGAGAAUCCCAUUGCUAGCAAUAUACCCAACCAGGUCGACCUCCCCGCGGUUCCCCCUGGAAAGUAUCAUGGUUAUUUCCUGAUGAAUUCAUCAUGAUGGGCUGACUGGCCUGCUUUCAUUCUCAUCUAUCACCCUUCACUGGUGCUCCGCCGGCGUAUCCCAUUAGCGCAGGCAGGGUUACCAUACCAUUUUGACCCAUCAAAAAAAAAAGAGUUUUAAUAGUUGUGGGUAAAGUCAAUGUUGUUUUAUUUUAGUUGUAAUAAAAUGUGAAUUUAGACUUGAAGAGUAGAAUGAUUUCUGACCUUUAAAUUGUUACUGCUUUAUUCUUUCAAUAGCAGAACUAAGCCAAUAGCUAUAUUCUUAUUUAAAAAAAAAUUCUCAAAAUGUGUCUGUGGAAUAUAGUAUUGCUAGUUAAGUGGAACCUGUAAUAGUUCCAUUCAGCUUCUAUUGUAAUCCGGCAUUAAACUUCAAUAAAUCUGUGUGUAUGUAUGUCAAUAUUUAAUAUGGGCAGGUUGCUAUUUUAGCUUCACUAAAGGUGGUUUUUUUUACAAAUUCUUGCACUGAAAUAUAUAUGCUAAUUAUCUAUUUUAUGUAAAUAGUGUGCCAUAAAAUGUGAACUACAAUAAUAACUUGUAGCUACUUUAAUAGCAAAAUAUGUACCCAUUGUAAUCACAAAAUUUUGUUAUUGUAUUGUGUGUACUAAUAUUUCUAUUAAGUACAUUCUAUGUUUUGAAAUUAUUAGCUUUCAUUAAACAUAUACAUUUCAUAUUUAGUGGAGCUAAUUAGCAUUAUUUUAUAAUAAUUAAGUUUCAAACAUAUUUAAAUGCUUACAAUUAUCAUUUGGUUCUAUGAGUAGAAUUAGGUUUUAUUUGACUGAAUAGUCAUUAUGUUUGAUUUAUUAUAAAAAAAUUCUGAUUUUAUCACUAUUAUUAUCUGUUACUAUGUAUUGUACAUUAUCCAUUAUUUAUUUUAUUACUCAAGUAAUAUGUAUUAAAAAAAUAUCUUUUUUAUUUUCUAAAAAUAACAGGUGAUCAGGGAGGUUUUUUGUAGAUACUUAAUAUAAUUUUAAUGCACAGAGAAAUCUUAAGGUAGUUUUUUAAAUAAUCAUUAAUAGUGAAGUAUUUGGCUAUUACUCAAUUUUCACUUUGUUAAAUGAGAUUUUUAUGUGACUCAAUUAUAAUUUAAAACAAUUCAAAGUACUAAAAUUAGGUGGGUAUUGCUUAUUUGCAGCAGUUAUCAUUAGUCAAUAAACCAGAACUUGUUUAUUUUUAAGUACUAUGUUUGGUUAUAAUAAUUAUAAGGAUUCUGUGUCAAUUAUGUUUACUAUCACGAUAAUUAGGAAUUGGUUAUGUAACUCAGUUCCCAUUGAUUCUUUGUAAUGAGUUGAAAUUGACACUGCCAUUAGAGAUUUACCAUUUCAUAGUUUUAGUUGCAAUAAGACUUGCAUCACAUUGUAACUAUAAUUGUUAAAUAGAAAAACUCGGUCCAUUUUAAUACAUUUUAUAGAAAAAUAGGUACUGAGUUACAAAAAAGUGCUGCUGGUCACCAGAAAAUGAAGACAAAUUACUUUUCUAAAUUUAUUAUUUACCUUUAUUCACAAACUUGAGUUUAUUUUGCACAUGUUUUGGACACUAAGUUAAUUUAAAAUGUUGAACUAUAACUUUAAAAUGUCUUAGUAGCUGCUCGAUGAGUUAACAAAGCCAGUAAGUUCUUUAGUUACUUCACAAAUAAUAUAAGUUACUUAUGGUUUAUUUUACGCCCCUAGCUACAUAAUGAACAGUUUGAUGAGGAUUGUAAUUAUAAUAAUAUAUGUUGCAUUAAA